CCUUUCCAUCAACCUUCAUGCUUCAUUUCAUUAACAACUUCCAAAGUCUUGACUGUUCUUUUUCCCCAUUUUUUUUUUAACCACAAGGCACAUGCCAAUGAAUUCUCACACUUUUGAUUGACUUUGUAACAAAAUAAAACCAGCUAAACAAGCAUCCUUCAUCAUCUCUUUCAUUUGCAUAUUUGAUAGGUUUUUGAAAGAAGCUUUGUUUGAGUUUGGAGGGGAAACAUGGAGAGCCAUUUGAUAUGGGUGAUAUUGAGUGUGGUUGUAAUGGUAUUGGAGAUCAGCCUCAUGACUCAUGCAGCUGUUCCAAUGGGUAUUAUGAAACAGAUUGAUAGAGUAAACAAAAAUGGCCCUUAUUUAGGCAUAGUGGUGCCUAAUGCCUUUGAAAUGAAGCCUCUUCUUCAAUCUCCAAGCUUUAUGGUUGAUCAUAAUCUUCCACACUUGGAUUUUUCAGGUCGACGGUUUCGAUUUGGACGUAUAAGAGGCAAGAAAGUUAUAAUUGUGAUGACAGGACUAAGCAUGCUUAACGCAGGAACAACCACAGAGUUGCUUCUAACUCUAUUUAGAUUAAAAGGUGUGCUUCAUCAUGGAAUAGCUGGAAAUGCAGAUCCUCAGCUUGAAAUUGGGGAUGUAACAAUCCCUCAAUAUUGGGCUCAUACAGGCCUAUGGAAUUGGCAGCGGUUCGGAGAUGGACCAGACGACGAACUUGCAUUAGAAUCCAAUGGAGAUUACACGAGAAAAAUCGGUUUCCUGAAAUUUUCGAACUUCAGUACUGUUGAUACAAAGACAGAAACAACUGUAGACAACCUUUUAAACAAUGUCUGGUACCAACCAGAAGAGAUCUUCCCUGUUGAUGGAACUCCUGAAAUCAGACAGCAUGUCUUUUGGGUUCCUGUGGACAAACACUACUUUUCAGUAGCCAAGAAACUUGAGGGAUUGAAGUUGGAAGGGUGUCUGAAUUCAACAAAUUGCUUACCAAGAGCGCCUGUUGCAGUGAGAGUGCAAAGAGGGGUCAGUGCCAAUGUGUUUGUUGACAAUAAAGCUUACAGAGAGUUCCUGCAAUCAACAUUCAAUGUGACCUCCAUUGACAUGGAAACUGCAGCUGUGGCACUCGUCUGUCUUCAACAAAAGAUACCCUUCAUUGCAAUUAGAUCACUGUCUGAUUUGGCUGGUGGAGGCUCUGCUUUGUCCAAUGAGGCUGCCGCCUUUGCUGUAUUAGCAUCCCAAAACGCUGUCACUGCUCUUGUUAAAUUCAUCACUUUACUGUAAUAAAGCAGAAAGAUGCUAGCAGUUUCUGCAACAAAGGAUGAUUAAUUGACAAUGCAGUGUUGUGAACUUUCAACAUCCUGUUCUUUUUAUCUCAAUAGAUUCAAUCAAUUUCUCGUGUUACAACGAGGCUA